CUUUAAUUUGAAAACCGGAAGUAGGGUGUUUUUUCGUGCGAUUGCUGACAAGACGCCGAUCCCGAGUGAUUUGUUAAUUUGUGCGUUGUAGAUCCUUACAAGAUGAACCUGGCCAAAAAAUUACUUGGUGGUCUCCUGGAUGUUGUUAGCAAUAUUGACCCCAGCCAAUUUGUACCCUCAGACCCGCCUCCACCGCGUAGACCGCUGGCAUAUGCUGACCCAAAUGAGACUGAGGAAGAGAAGCAAUUUCGCAGAGUCUUCCAGCAGCUUGCUGGUGAUGAUAUGGAAGUCAGCCCCAAUGAACUGAUGAACAUCCUUAACAAAAUCAUAGCUAAGCAUUCUGACCUGAAGACGGAUGGCUUCAGCCUUGAGUCUUGCCGGAGCAUGGUAGCUGUGAUGGAUAGCGAUAGCACUGGUAAACUUGGCUUUCACGAGUUUAAACAUCUAUGGAAUAACAUCAAGAAAUGGCAGGGCAUCUACAAGUCGUAUGAUGCAGAUCGUUCUGGAGUCAUAGGAGCGGAUGAACUGCCAGCUGCCUUUACAGCUGCAGGUUUUCCUCUCAAUACCCAGCUCUUUGACAUGAUUAUACGCAGAUACAGUGAUGAGAAUGGUAACAUGGACUUUGACAAUUACAUUGGCUGCCUGGUGCGACUAGACGCCAUGUGCCGUGCCUUCAAAACCCUUGACAAGGACAACAAUGGAACCAUUAAGGUCAACGUCCAAGAGUGGCUGCAACUGACCAUGUAUUCCUAAGCCCAGAAGAUGUCUGCACAAGGCUUUGCUUGAAGUGAAUUGUUUUCCUAAACAUAUUUUUUAUUAUUUUUGGUAAUGGCUUAUUUUCUCUGCCUAAAUGCAAUAGAUUAGAGAAAAACUGUGUGCGGUGUGAAAUAAUUAUAAUGAGAGAUACUUUUCCGCUAAAAUGCAAAUAGUAAUAAAUAUGCCUUUUCCAUCACAGUAAGUCUGAAACCGUGAUGGCGCGUUUCACAAUUAAUUAAAAAUAACAGCAUACUUAUAUUUGCUGUGAUAAAAGUAUACAGAGUACAUCAUUUUCCCACAGCUCGAGCUGCAUAUGAUUUCUAAUUUCCUUCAUAUUACUUGUCAUGCAGAAAUGAAGAGAUGGAAAUUUUUGAAAACGAGGGCGAAACUAGUUUUACUUCAUGUUUAUUUAUGGGUACUUGUAUUUGUCUGUGAUCUCCUUUCAGCCCCUGACAUUUCUAAGGAGAACAAUUUUUAAACAUUUUUUGCUAACAUUUUACUUGAGUGCCUUUACCAUCCUUUAUAAUACUGUGUAAUUAAGAUGUUUAUUGUUACCCACAUAAUGAAUUAUUAUAAGCUUUAUACCUCAAAUACCUGCCACAAAUUCACGCUGUCUUUCUUUUAUCUUCAGUGUAAUGCACUGUUCACUUGUAUCUACAAUAAAAGCAACAGUGGUAAUCAUUUGAA